CCAAUUGCAGUAUUCGUUUCUCAGUAGUCGACGAUUCGCACGAUCUAACCCAACUAGCCAAGAUGUUCAAGUUCUUCUUCGUUGCCGCUCUGGUGCCAGCCAUGGCCAUGGCUGCCGUCAACUUCCGUGCCUGCCCCAACGGAGCCCCAACCCCGGCUUCCUUGAGCGUGAACAACUGCGCUGGAUCCGAGUGCAUUUUGGUUGCCGGACAGCCUCUGAAUGCCGUGGCCAGUGGAAUCGUUAGCCCGGUCGGAAGCGCCACUGCCACCGCUCACAUUGUGGCCCGCGUUGCCGGUUUGGAUGUCGGUUUCGAACUGCCCCCAGCGCUGGCCAACGCUUGCCAAGCUGGACUCAUCGGAGGUUGCCCAGUCGUUGCUGGAACCCCAUUCGACUACGCUCUGGUUGAUGAUUCCCUGGACGCCCCGGCCCGUGACAUCCCAGUCGAAAUCGAAGUCGGUCUGACCGGAGAUGGUGGCGUCGCUCUGGCUUGCGUCCGUUUCGAUGCCAGAAUUCAGUAAA